AUGGCUGGUUUAAUCUCUACUGCUGACACAGAAGCUCAGAGUUCUGGUGAUCCAAGCAGCAAGCGCGCUACGUUGUUAGGCCUUUCCAUAACUUCUUUCGGAUGGGUAAUGAACUUGAUCGUCUUCUUGAUUGAGGAAUACAACAUCAAGAACAUCGCUGCAGCUCAGAUUUCAAAUAUUGUCAAUGGAUGUCUCAGCAUGUUGCCUGUUGUUACAACCAUUCUAGCUGAUUCUUUCUUUGGUAAUAUUCCCGUCUUCUCGACCUCAGCGUUCAUUUCUCUUCUCGGCAUCUUUCUCUUGACUCUUAUUACAUCUUUCGAUUACUUGAGACCUAUACCAUGUGAAACAGGCUCAAUCCUAUGUCAGUCACCAUCAAAACUCCAGCUUGGGAUCUUGUAUACAGCCUUAGCUCUAGUGAUUACUGGAACAGCUGGGACAAGGGUGACUUUAGCAUCUGCUGGUGCAAACCAGUAUGAGAAACCUAAAGACAAAGGAAGCUUCUUCAACUGGUACUUCCUCACAGUUAAUACAGGCGCCAUUAUUAGCGCGACAGCAAUUGUAUAUACACAGGACAAUGCUAGUUGGAAACUCGGGUUUGGACUAUCUGCUGCUGCUAAUUUGAUCAGUUUCUUUGUCUUCAUCUCCGGGAAGAGAUAUUACAAGCAUGACAAACCCAUCAAAAGUCCCUUCACAAGUCUUGUCCGCGUUGUAGUCGCUGCUACAGUGAAAAGAAAGGCUGUGAUUUCAUCCAAAGAGGAAGACUAUCAUCACAAUGAGCUCAUAGAAGAGACCAAGAAUUCUGCUGUAAUGCCCUCUAAGUGCUUCAGGUUUUUAAACCGGGCAGCGUUGAAGGUCGAAGGGGACUUAAAAGUUAGUCAUGAUGAAUCAUUCAAUAAAAUUUGGAGGCUAUGUUCUGUUCAAGAAGUAGAAGAUUUCAAAGCGGUUCUUCGACUUAUUCCUCUGUGGUUAGCCAUCAUGUUGGUUAGUACUCCCAUUGUGGUGCAAACAAGCAUGAUGGUACUCCAAGGUCUAGUCACAGACCGUGGGCUUGGGCCUCACUUCAAAGUCACGGCUGGGUCUCUCCAAGUCAUAACAAUCAUCUCUGCAUGUAUCGUCAUCAUAAUGAACAACUGGCUUGUCUAUCCUAUGUACCAGAAGCUAACCAACAAGCAGCUGACACCACUUCAAAAGACAUGGGAGAGGAAGGCGAUGGCGGUGUUGACGGGGACGAGCGACGGAGAGGAAGGCGAUGGCUCGUCGACGAGGGACGGAGAGGAAGGCGAUGGCGGUGUUGACGGGGACGACGGUAGGAACGGUGGGUGGUGA